CUUUUUCUUCAUUUAUAGGUGUGGAAGAAAAUGUCAGUCAGCAUGCAUGAGAAUCGCAAAUCUAGGGCCAGUACUGGCUCCAUAAACAUAUAUUUAUUCCACAAGUCAUCCUAUGCUGACAGUGUCCUUACACACUUGAACCUUCUGCGGCAACAGCGACUCUUUACAGAUGUCCUUCUCCAUGCUGGAAACAGGUCGUUCCCCUGCCACAGAGCUGUCCUAGCUGCUUGUAGCCGCUAUUUUGAAGCCAUGUUCAGCGGGGGACUGAAAGAGAGCCAGGAUAGCGAAGUCAACUUCCAUAAUUCCAUUCACCCGGAGGUCUUGGAGCUCCUUCUGGACUAUGCAUAUUCCUCCAGAGUUAUCAUCAAUGAGGAGAAUGCAGAGUCACUGCUGGAGGCUGGCGAUAUGCUAGAGUUCCAGGACAUUCGGGAUGCUUGUGCAGAAUUCCUGGAAAAAAACCUCCAUCCCACCAACUGUCUGGGCAUGCUGCUGCUGUCAGAUGCUCACCAGUGCACCAAGCUUUACGAACUCUCCUGGAGGAUGUGCCUUAGCAACUUCCAGAGCAUCAGUAAGAGUGAAGACUUCCUGCAGCUGCCAAAAGACAUGGUAGUGCAGCUUCUCUCCAGUGAAGAAUUAGAAACUGAAGAUGAACGGCUGGUAUAUGAGUCAGCUCUCAACUGGGUCAACUAUGACCUGAGUAAGCGGCACUGUUAUCUGCCUGAGCUGUUGCAGACAGUCAGACUGGCUCUCUUGCCAGCCAUAUACCUUAUGGAGAAUGUAGCAAUGGAAGAACUUAUCACCAAACAAAGGAAAAGCAAGGAGAUUGUAGAAGAGUCAAUAAGAUGCAAGUUAAAAAUCUUACAGAAUGAUGGAGUGGUCACUAGUUUGUGUGCCAGACCCCGAAAAACUGGCCAUUCGCUCUUUCUUCUGGGUGGCCAGACCUUUAUGUGUGACAAGCUGUACCUGGUGGACCAAAAGGCAAAGGAGAUCAUUCCAAAGGCUGACAUCCCAAGUCCCCGGAAAGAGUUCAGUGCUUGCGCCAUCGGCUGCAAAGUGUAUAUCACAGGAGGACGGGGGUCAGAAAACGGCGUCUCCAAAGAUGUGUGGGUGUAUGACACUCUUCACGAGGAGUGGUCGAAGGCGGCUCCCAUGCUGGUUGCUAGAUUUGGGCAUGGCUCUGCUGAACUCAAGCACUGUUUGUAUGUAGUAGGAGGACACACUGCAGCAACUGGUUGCCUUCCAGCUUCGCCUUCAGUAUCCUUAAAGCAAGUAGAACAGUACGACCCUGUGACCAAUAAAUGGACCAUGGUUGCCCCACUCCGAGAGGGAGUAAGCAAUGCAGCUGUGGUCAGCGCCAAACUUAAGCUCUUUGCUUUUGGGGGUACCAGUGUUAGCCAUGACAAGCUGCCCAAAGUUCAGUGUUAUGAUCAGUGUGAAAACAGAUGGACAGUUCCAGCCACCUGCCCACAGCCCUGGCGCUACACAGCUGCAGCUGUUCUGGGGAACCAGAUCUUCAUUAUGGGUGGAGAUACUGAGUUCUCUGCAUGCUCUGCUUAUAAGUUCAACAGUGAGACGUACCAGUGGACUAAGGUGGGAGAUGUGACAGCUAAGCGAAUGAGCUGCCAUGCAGUGGCAUCUGGAAACAAAUUGUAUGUUGUUGGAGGCUACUUUGGCAUUCAGAGAUGCAAAACGUUAGACUGUUAUGAUCCCACGUUAGAUGUAUGGAACAGCAUAACAACUGUGCCCUAUUCAUUAAUUCCAACGGCAUUUGUUAGCACAUGGAAGCACCUCCCCUCAUAACUGUGUGUACGUUGCAAUUAGAAAUUACCAGUUAUACUCCAUUAUUUGGAGAAGAAAAUUGGAACCUCAAAUCUGGAGAAACGGUUUUAAUGAAGAAAAAUCGUUCGGCAUUUGAAGAAAAUCCAUCUGCACCUUGUAAAUUAUCUAAUCUCUACAUGAAGGAACAGGAGGAAAACACUGUCUUCAGUCUUCAACACAUGGUUUAUGAAUGAAUGAAUGAACCUAUGAUCUGCUCCUUGUGUUGAUAAAUGUGGAUUAAUGCCAAUAUUAAUCAGUCCUUCAACAGAGAA